AUGUCAAUAUCAGUUGACAGUAACAAUCUUAGUUUUGUAAACGAUUUGAAUCCUGGGAAAGAUAUGUGGAACAUGAAAGCGAGAAUUAUUCGAAAAUGGAAUCAGGGUUACAAGAUGGAUCUCAUCUUAAUUGAUGAAAAGGGUGCUAAGAUUCAAGCAGGUAUUAAGAGUCAUCUGAUACCUGUUUUUGAUGGACAGCUUCAAGAAGAUGCUGUUGUGAUUCUGUCGAAAUUUGGUGUUGGUGAGAAUAAAGAUUUAUAUAAAGUAGUAGUGCAGCCUUAUAAAAUCAACUUUUAUAGAUGCACAACUGUUACUUCUGUGAGAGAUUGGCAAGGUGUUGAAUAUGAUUUCAACUUCAGAGCUUAUGAAUAUAUUCUUCAAGGAGAGGCGUUAAACGCUUUGAGUGUUGAUGUUGCUGGAUCUGUGGUUUGUUGUGGAGAUCUUGAAAUCUUUGAUCGACCUCCAAAAGAGACUAAGAAGAUCAAUUUCGAUAUUGAAGACUUGGAGCUUAUACUGAAGUUUGGACAAGGGAGUGGUUCUACUUCUCAAACAGUACUAUCGUCUCAGAGUGUUUUUCCAUUGCAUAAAGAAUUUGUAACUGAUGGUGUGAAGAAACAUGUUGAUGAGAUUAUUGAGAUAGAAAAGGAAAUGUCUUGUGUUGUGGUUGCGACAAUUAAGAUUGUGCAAGAAGAGUAUGGUUGGUUUUAUACUGCCUGUCGUAAGUGUUUCAAGAAGGUGAUGGGUAAAAGUGAAUACUUGCAGAAUGUUGAAAAUGUUUCAGAUGAUAUUCUUCGAUUGCCUGCGACUUCUUUGGUUUGUCCCAAAUGUCAUAGUGAAUGUACGUCGAUCACCACAAAGUUCAAGAAGCUUCUUGGAUUAGCAGCAAGUGACAUAAGAGAGAGGCAGGUUAAGGCCAAUGAUACUGGAUGUUUCCCUCAUGAGAUAUUUCGAUUGGUUGAUAAGAAGGCUGCUUUUAAGAUUGAUGUUUCAGAGUUCAAUCUUAAAAAUGACCAUCGUGUUUAUACUGUGCAAAAAACAUGUGAUGAUCCAGUAAUAAUUGCUGAGUUGAUUGGUGGAGAUGGUAAUGGUGAUGAAAAUACUGAUGAGCUAGUUACUCAAGAGGUAGCUGACGUUAAAGAUGUUAACCUUUCAGAAUCUUCUCAGGUGUCUCUUGAACGAACUUCAAGGGAUGUUGUAUCUGUUACGGCCGACUCUUCAGCCGUUGAAGUUGAAAAGGAUUCUGGAUCAAGUCCCAAUGGAAAACGGAUGGCUCAAGAUGCUGAUGUUGUAAACGUUGGUGAGCUAUCCACUAAUGUGAGAAGAACCCGGAAGAAGCUGACUAAGGUUAACAAUUAG